GGGUGCUCGUGUUGCUCCUCCGUGUGCUCAAGAGGCGGACCCAGGAACUCUGGGCGUUUCUCAUGAGACGCUUAGGCAUUUCCAGCACUUGUCCAUGACUGGGCCUCACCAAGCUCUCGACCAAAUCCAGGAGCUCUGCCGGCAGUGGCUGCAGCCAGAGACCCAUACCAAGGAGCAAAUAAUCGACCAGUUGGUGUUGCGGCAGUUCCUGGUGACCUUGCCAAAAGCAGUUGGGGCGUGGGUGAGAUGGAGGCAGCCCAGGAACAGCAAGGAGGCAGGAACCCUGGUGGAGAGUUUCAUCCAGGCCCACAGGGAGGAAGGUGUCCUUGCUGACAGCUCUGACCGUGCAGGAAAGAACGCAGCAGUGUUAGACAGCGCACCAGUGACCGAGGCCCAGGAGUUGGUGACCUUCGAGGAUGUGUUUGUGGACUUCAGUCCUGAGGAGAUGAGCUGCCUUACUGCGAAUCAAAGGAAACUCUACCGCGAGGUGACACUGGAGAAUUACCAGAACCUGGUCUUCAUUGGGUGCCAAUUCCUUAAACCCGAUGUUAUCUCAUACCUGGAGGAGGAGGAGUCGCACACAAUUCAGGAAGGGACAGAGGAGUCAUGCACAGUGAAGGAAGACAGCAAGUCGGGGCUAUGUCAAGAUCAUAAGAAGCGACCUGAAACCAAAGAAGUAAUCCCAGAACAAAACCUACCCAUAAAAUGGUCAUUUGUGGCAGAAAUGGAGACUCCAACAGUAGAUAACUUCUUGCAUGAAUAUCUAGAAGAGCCUUCCAUUGGUGAUCCAUCAGAAUUGCACCAGCACGGCCAGGAGAAACUCUUAAGUUCUGUAGCAAUGAGUGAUUCUAAGAUCCCACACGAGAUAAGCCAAGGCAGUGAUAAUUUUGAGACAAACUGUAACCGUACUGAACAAUCAGAGAAUUUUCUAGAGAAGAAUCCCAAGGAAAGCACCAGGGCACAGGCAGCAGAGAAACCCACAUGUGAACUUUGCAAGAGAACCUUUAGCACCCGCAUAGCCUUUCUGAGGCACGAGCAGAUCCAUACUGGGAAGAAGCGCUAUAGAUGUCAGCAGUGUGGCGAAGCCUUCUAUCUCAUGCCGCACCUCAUCAGACACCGGAGGACGCACUCUGUUAGGAAGCCUCCUCGAUGCGGUGACAAACCAAAGCCUCCCGUCCAUCCCGAAGGUGUCUGUGCACACGUGAGAAUUCAUAGCCGGGAAGACUACUAUGAAUGUUUGCAGUGUGGCAAAGCUUUUAUUCAAAAUGUGCACCUUUUGCAACAUCUCCAAGCGCACAAGACAGCAGACAUCGUUCCUCCCAAGUUGCCCCGCAGCAAGACAUAUUUAAUUCGCUACCAACGGAAACACGGAUAUGUUGGAGAGAAAGCCUGCCAGUGUUGUGACUGUGGCAAAACCUUCAGUCAGACUUCACAUCUCAUUCAGCAUUAUCGAAUUCAUGCUCACGAGAGGCCUUACCAGUGUCAGCUGUGUGGGAAAUGUUACAGUCGACCCUCGUACCUCACCAAACAUUAUCAAUUCCAUUUUCAAGAGAAAGCCCUGCAUUGUAAUGGCUGUUGAACCCUUCAGUCAGAGAACACAUGUUUCUUAG